AUCAGGUGACGGGGCGCCGGUGACCCGGCCUGACCGAUCCCCGGCACUCCGGCCGGCCUCAACGUAAAAACGACAUCACGAUGAACUUCCCACCACCUGAAAGAUCGCGAAGUGGACAGCAGACACCCAGACAACUCCCUCGCAUGUGUAGCGACUACAACCGCAGGGGAGGAUGUACCCGCGCCAAUUGCCAGGAACUGCACUUGUGCACAUACUUCCUUCAAAACAGAUGCACCGCCGAGCGAUGCAACAAGGCCCACGCCCUGGAGACGCCCAGAAACAUCCUGCUGCUAGAGGGUCUGGGAUGGAGAGGUUCGGACGAUCUUGCUCUAGCGCUGGACAUCCUCCGCCGGCGGGCCCGAGGUCAGGCGGUCAGCGUCUGCGUCAUGUACAACGUGGGCAGCUGUUCUGUCCCUAACUGUGGACGGCUUCACAUCUGCUACCGUCGUGUAGUGGAUGCCUGUCCACUGGACGACUGCGGCCUCAGUCACGACCUGCUGGACGGCGGGCACAACGCCGACCUUCUGGCCAGUGCGGGUCUGACCGAUACCCCCGUGACAGAGCUCCUCAGGCGACUGCAGGAACAGGUGCGCCGCCGGCCGCCCCAGCCGGCGCUCUGCAGAGCUGUGUAUGGCCGACAGGGCUGCCAGAAACAUUGCCUACGACUACACUACUGCGAGGCAUUCCUCCACAGUCGCUGCAGGUUCGGAGACAGGUGCUCCAAGAGUCACAGCCUGAAGGAGCCGCACAACCAGCGGGUGCUGGCAUUCUUUGGCUGGACAGAAGAGCAAGUGCUGAAAGAGCUGAAGAAGGAAGGAGUGGGCAGGUCAGUUUCUCGGCCAGCCAGAGCUCGAACUCCGACAGAACGGGACGACGAGGAGGAAAGGUCCGACCGACAUGACCCCGACCUCUGUGAAGAAUCGCAGCGGGGCCACAGUGCCGAGACCCGCGUCAAAAGGGUCGACAGCACUGAGGAGGUCGCAAAUCAUGUGAACGAUUCACUUGACUCGUCGAGCAAAUAUCCAAAGAGACAUUACAAGGUGUGUGAGCAAACAGCCAGAGUUCGCCCGAAAGCACAAGAAGAUAACGCCUCGAGCCAGCAGAAGGAGGCGGAAAGACAUCUGAGGGAGCGAAAAGAGACGGAAUGGAAGGAGAAGGAAAGAGAAUGGAAAAACAAGGAAAUCGAAUGGCAGAACAAGGAGGAAGAAUGGCAGCAGAAAGAAAACGAAUGGCAAGAAAAGGAAAGAAAGAGAGAAAGGGAGACCCAACAAAGGGAAAAAGAAAUACGCGAGACAGAGGAACGAGUGCGGAAAGAAUCGGAAAAUAAACUAAGAGAAGAAAAUGAACGUGAAACGCGAAGAUAUGAACGGGAAAAAGAAGAACAUUUGAGAGCAAUGGCAGAAACAGAAUCGCAAAAAAAGGAGUUAAUGCAAAACUAUGCAAAACUGAUUAUCGAUCACGAAAGCAGCGAGAAAACCAUAGCCACCAUUCAGCAAAUGAACGCUGAUUACCAACGGCAGAUCGCCAGUAUGCAGACUCUGGUAAAAGAGCUGAAGGAUAAAGAUCAAGGGCGAGAGAUCAAAGCAAAAACGGAAGAGGAGGACAUGAAAAAGAAAAUCGAAGAGCUGACAGAACUCCGAGAACUGGUUAGAAAGCAGAAAGAGUACGUGGAAUGCAGCGUCUGCCUCGGCACCUUCGUUGAGCCAAUGACUCUGGAGUGUGCCCACACAUUCUGUAAGAACUGCAUAGAAAACACACCGAGACCUGCCGGAGGAAUGUACCACUUCGAUUACCCGCACCCUCUAAAUCGAAUUCACUGUCGCCAGUGUCCGCUCUGCCGCCAAGUGUCAAACAUACAGGUCCCCAAUCUGGCUCUCAAAAACAUAUCCGGCACCUUUUCUGGCGAUCAGCAGCGAGGGGUCGCCAGUGGGUCCAGCGGCGCCGACACUGGAACAGCGGCACGGAGAUCAGGACUUGGACAGUAUCAUCGAGGCGGAUGGUCUAGUGUUUACCCGGGGAGAGGCAGGCCGCAGGGCUGGUAAAAAAGCAAAUUGCGUCCCCGACCAAAAAAAUGAGAGCGAAAAAUGACCCCGACCUUUUUACGAUUCAUGUAUGCAGGCUGCAUGCAACUACGAUGCGCGUUUCCUUAGGUUUCAUUUCUAUAUUAUUUUUUACGAGCAGUCAUAUGUACUAAAUUGCUUAUCAGACUCGCGCUUCGAAAUUUCCAGUUUGUUAAUUAAAUGUCACGGCAUCACUCGGUCAGCGGGUAGCGUAACAGACGAAGAACCCGGGAAGGGUAGGGGGCGCUACGAUCGUCGAACAGAUGCAAUAGGUGUCGCUAUUGUAUCGGUAGCUCACAACGACGACGGCUAGAAACUAUCGACCCCGCAUGAAUUUACCAUGUCCAACCGGUCCGACCCCGGUUCCGAAUCUAGUCGUUUGUCUAGUCGUAUAGCUGGCUACAACUGGUCGUCAAUCAACCCCACUUGAAAUAGCACAGCCGACAGCGGGGUCGGUGUCUAAGCGUCUGUUAGUAUGUGUUUGAUCAUCUAGUUUGAUCUAGUUUUCGUUAGCAACUGUCGACGGUAGUUUUGCUGUUAACGGAAGUGAGUUGUGGCUACUAAUUGUUCAUAACCAUGUUGUAGGUAUGUAUUAGGUAUAGGGGCUUUUUAUGUCCUUGUUAAAGGGGAUAUACGUUGUGGAUUCAAUGAUAUCUUUUACUUGCGUUUAGUUUCUGCUUUAUUUGAAAGUUAUUUAUUACUGUAAAAGUUUACUAAAUGUGGUAAUUUUGACCCCGGGUACUUGAACUUUUACUGGUACUGUGUCCCCGACGACGUCAAUAGGACAUAACACUUUAACAGCCCUGAGGCAGGGUUUGAUAGAGGGCGUUACGACCCUACAGGGUGUCUCAAAAGUUCGUUCACAGGUACCAGCCAUGCUUUUUUGUCAAUAAUUCUGAAUCAACAAGAAAUUAACAGUCGAAAUUUUGCAUGGGCAUUGGUGACAACCUUCCUCAAGCAGCCUCAUUGUUUUCAAGUGCAUUCGACCCUUCAUGAGCUCACAAAAAGGGUUCACCUCUGACCAUGGGUCAGGCACGAAAAUGUAGGUUGCAAAGUCGGGUAUGUUGUGAAACUCUCUGUUUCAGGAGUAAUGGGAAUGGUUAAGUCGGAAAUGACACAUGGCUAAGUGUCGGCGAGGAUGAGUGCAACAUGAUGAUCAUCUCAUAAAAGCGGUGGCUAAAAUUUUUGAAGGACGAAACCAUGCGAGACUAACGGCGUUUUGAACGACCCUCGCACAACAGCAGACUCGUGUUCCGGAAAGCAGCUGAAAAUGCGGUCAUAACUAUUGAAAACUGGCAAGAAGGUCACAGAAAGAGGUUACCCAUUUUCAAAAAGUGCAGGUCAUCGUAAAAUAAAGACAAAUUAUAAUUUAAAAUUGUUUAUAAUAUCUAUAACGCUAAUUUUUGGGGACAAUACCUAACACAAAAAUCGUCAAUGCCAAGGACACCUGACCCUCCAAAAGUAUCAGUUAUUGUAAAAUUUUAUCUAGCGAAGUUUCAAGAGGCAGAUCUGCAGCGAAUAAUUUUCUUUUAAACACAAAAUCCCGAUAAAACCACACGAUGGACAGGUUUGGGCCGUUUACAAAGCAGAACAUCUCCCGAGGAAAACACUCCGCAACCGAGCGAAGGUCUUGGCAUGGGGAAUGACGAGCGCUUGGAAUUUGCAAAAUUUGCACAAUGUGUCUGAGAAACAGACGUCCGACACAUUCUGCUACCAUAUGAUGCGAAAAAUUUACUCUUGAACGACCCUCGCACAACAGCAGACUCGUGUUCCGGAAAGCAGCUGAAAAUGCGGUCAUAACUAUUGAAAACUGGCAAGAAGGUCACAGAAAGAGGUUACCCAUUUUCAAAAAGUGCAGGUCAUCGUAAAAUAAAGACAAAUUAUAAUUUAAAAUUGUUUAUAAUAUCUAUAACGCUAAUUUUUGGGGACAAUACCUAACACAAAAAUCGUCAAUGCCAAGGACACCUGACCCUCCAAAAGUAUCAGUUAUUGUAAAAUUUUAUCUAGCGAAGUUUCAAGAGGCAGAUCUGCAGCGAAUAAUUUUCUUUUAAACACAAAAUCCCGAUAAAACCACACGAUGGACAGGUUUGGGCCGUUUACAAAGCAGAACAUCUCCCGAGGAAAACACUCCGCAACCGAGCGAAGGUCUUGGCAUGGGGAAUGACGAGCGCUUGGAAUUUGCAAAAUUUGCACAAUGUGUCUGAGAAACAGACGUCCGACACAUUCUGCUACCAUAUGAUGCGAAAAAUUUACUCCUGGUACUUUCCGUUUGUUCAGGACUGGGGUCGUUUUGAAAAGGAAAAUGGCGCUUGGGAUGUCGGCGCCAGUCAUUCAUGAAGGAGUUAGCGCCAGAGAAUGCCUACAAAAUACUCAAGAAUGGUGUCGAUGCAAGCUGUCGGCUUUCAGGGAAAAUCAGAUGUUGCUGGGGAGCUAGUCAAAACUAAAUCCGACGCAGAAACUGCAGGGGAUUCCCCUGCAAGAGCUUGAAAGCUGGUAACCUUUUAUCAGCCUCCGGCAGCUGACGGAGCAACAAAAAUCGGUAUGGGAAAAUAUUUUUGGAGAUACAGCAAAGGGGUUGGUUUCCAACCUUCUUAAUCAGUUGUCAAAGCAUGCAUAUUUGUCUAGUGUACACACAGACACCAAAACCUUAUACUUUUGGCCGGUUCUUAUAUGCUUUAUUGGCAUGGGAAAUGUGUGAACGAACUUUUGAGACACCCUGUAGAUGGGAGACGUUUACCAUGGAUACUGAUGGGUAGACAUAAGAAUGGAAUAUCUGUCACUGGGUGAUUUUAUGCUUACUAGAGGUACAGGUUUGUGCGAUAACUGUAUGUUUUGAUUAAUUAUAUGUGACGGAUGCAUUAGUUUGGUUGAGUAGCUUGUAUUUUAGCUGUAUUAUUUGGGUAGAUUUG